GGACCAUUUCCGAACAAGUUUUCAAGCUUAUGGAUUCCCAUCCCCUCGGGGUUGGUUAUGGCAUCGCGGCAAAGAUCUCGGAGCCCCCAGCAGGGUGGCUUUUCAGUGGCCGGCGCCCUAAAAUCGGCCUGGGCUGCUGCCAGUGUGCUGAAGUCGAAAGUUCAUGGCAGGUUGGUUGAGCCGGACAUCCCGGAGCUGACUCAACCGCACGCCAAACAGGCACAGGUGGCACAGAUCUCACAGGCAACGCAAAGAAUACCGGCGGCAGAUGUGGAAAUGGCGGCACUUGCCCAAUCGGCAGAGCCAGCUCAGCCAAGUGCGCCGCCACCGGCAGCGCAACAACAGCCACAGUUGCAGCCUCCCCCCCAGCCUCCCUUGCAGCCAGUGUUGGCAUCCUGCAUGCCUGCGGGGCAAGACACAGAGGAGAUUGGGGUGCCUGAUCCUGUGCUUACUGGCGCGAGUGAGCCUGGGAUUGAUUCGGAGCUACUUGUGCACUGUCAUGGAUGUGGCCGCGGGUUUGCUGACCCUGCAGGGUUGCGGGCACAUUGCUUGGAAGCGAAUGAUUGCAAUGGCAUUGCCUGGCAGGCGGCCGUCAAUGCUGUUGGCUGCAUGCCUGGGGCUGGGAUGAUGCUUUGGUGUCCAGCCUGCCCAGACGACUUCCUUGGCAAGUGGACUGGGUCAGUCACAAAGGCUUCUGCAUUGCUCCGGCACAUUGCCUCUGCCAGCAAGGCUGGAGUGAGAGAAAGCGCGCCAAAGGCGCACGCCUGGUUUCUGGCCGCUUUUGUCAACCAGUUGCUCUCAGCGCCGCCUGCUGCGUCUUCCGUCUUCAAGAUUGGGCUGGACUGGGUUUCACCUCACAGAGCUUUCGUGGUAGACAUGCCCAUUGUCGCUGAUGGACAAGAUGCUGCCCAGGAAGAUGAUUCUUCUGAACGCCGCUUGCAGGAGUGGGUCAGCACUUCACCCCCGCUGAUGAACAUUGUGGGCCCUUUGCUGGCCAAACCAGGGCCGGUUGCUCGAGAAGCCAUACGCCUGGAGUUGGAGUGUUUUCAGUCUGUUCCAGCGCCUGCCCCGUUUGGUGUAGCAGGUGAGGCUGGCGAACACGCUGCAGAGGCCAAGAAGCAGAAGAGAAAGAGCAAGAAGGGCGUUAUUUCCAGGGACACGCCUGGCUACGAUUUCUACAAUGAGGAUAUUCCGAUGGAUGUUUUCAUGGCCUGCGAGGAUCAUACACAACGGACGGCAGAUGGCGUACCUGUUCUGGACCUUUUAUCUGAUGACGAGGCUGUGACCCUGUUGUAAAAACCACGUGCCAAAGCACAGAGCAGCACAGGCACCGCGAUGGCAGACAUCAGCUCGCAACGCCUGAGUGGAUCCAGCCGCGUCUUGUCUUGCCCGAAGAUGUGCCACAACAGGGCAUAGUUUCGUCCACCAUGGGCCAGAUCCCGAGCUGUGCUGAAAACUACAAGACAGCAUUGUAGAUGCCAGACAAGCAGCAUCAAGUACACCAAGCUGCAUGCUGCUCUCAAACAGAA